AACCUUGGUUAAAUAUCUCAGCCCCAUUAUAAAGAGAUUCUUCGUCUCCCUCACUCAUCACUCAGAUCUCUCCACUUCUCUUUUUUUAGAUCUUCUCUAUCAUUUCUCUCAUUCAAUGGCGUCCGCAGAUGUCGAGUUCCGGUGCUUCGUUGGAGGCCUAGCUUGGGCCACUGAUGACAGAGCUCUCGAGACUGCCUUCUCUCAGUACGGCGACGUUAUUGAUUCCAAGGUCCGUUACACGCAGAGAUCGGACUCUCCGGGAUUCCGAUGAUUCUGAUCCUCGACGGAUCUGUUCCGAUCUGUGUUUCUCUGUUACUUGAUUCGAAUUACUGUUACUAUGCAUGCUCUCUCUCUCGUUCUUUGUUACUCUGUUACUUGUUUUUCCCAAUCGAUCAUUAACGAUCGUGAGACUGGAAGAUCGAGGGGAUUCGGAUUCGUCACUUUCAAGGAUGAGAAAUCCAUGAAAGACGCCAUUGAGGGAAUGAACGGACAGGAGCUCGAUGGUCGCAGCAUCACUGUGAACGAGGCUCAGUCACGUGGAAGCGGUGGCGGAGGCGGCCGUGGUGGUGGUGGCGGUGGAUACCGCAGCGGCGGCGGUGGCUACGGAGGUGGUGGCGGUGGAUACGGAGGUGGCGGCGGAAGACGCGAGGGUGGUUACUCUGGUGGUGGAGGUGGAUACUCCUCAAGAGGAGGUGGUGGCGGCGGAAGCUACGGUGGUGGCAGACGCGAGGGUGGUGGAUACGGAGGUGGUGAAGGUGGUGGUUAUGGAGGAAGCGGCGGAGGUGGUGGUGGUUGGUAAUUAGAUUAGGAUUUGAGAUUGUGACUGUUCUCUGGUUCUGGUUCUGCUUAUGGUUUCUGGUUGUGGUAUCUUUGGUUCUCUGUUUCUGGUUUUGCUAUUUUGGAUGUGACAGUUCGUGAUUAGGUAUCUGAUAUCUGGAAACGUAAUGUUAAAUCACUUUCGUUCGCUCA